UUUAGAGAGAUGUAAAUUUAUAUAUACCAGAGAAUAUAAGGUUUGAUUCAAAUUUUUCAACAUAUAUUUAAUUCUUCUUCUUUGUAGUUGUUACUCUACUAUUUCAUAUCAUUCAUUAAUCAAUUCAUUCAAAAAAUCAUGUUAAGAACCAGCAUUAACAAAAGAUUCUAUUCUAGUGCCUCAGAAACCUUACUCAAAACCCCAUUAUAUGAUGCCCAUGUACAAUUAGGAGGUAAGAUGGUCCCAUAUGCUGGGUUUGAAAUGCCAGUGUUAUAUAAGGAUCAAUCUCAUAUAGAAAGUCAUAAUUGGGUUAGAUCCAAAGUUGGUUUAUUCGAUGUCAGUCAUAUGUUACAACAUACUGUAAUUGGAAAAGAUUCUAGUAAAUUAUUACAAAAGAUUACUCCUAUUGAUUUAUCAAGUUUAAAACCUUUCCAAUUUUCAUUAUCAGUAUUAUUGAAUGAUAAAGGUGGUGUUAUUGAUGAUUGUAUUAUUACCAAACAUGAUGAUAAUCAUUAUUAUGUCGUUACCAAUGCUGGAUGUAGAGCUAAAGAUAUUGCAUUCAUUAAGAAAGAAGCUUCACAAUUUAAUGAUAUUUCACAUGAAACAUUUGAAAGUACUUUAUUAGCUAUUCAAGGUCCAAAAGCUCAACAUGUAUUACAAAAAUUCACUAAUGAAGAUUUAUCCAAGAUUUAUUUUGGUAAUGCUAAAUUUGUUCAAUUACAUAACGGUCAAUUAAUCCAUUUAGCUAGAUCUGGUUAUACUGGUGAAGAUGGAUUUGAAUUAUCUAUUCCAUCAACUACCCCAGAAGAUGCCAAAUCUGCUCAAGACUUUUUCCAAACUUUGAUCAAUGAAUAUCCUGACUUAGUUAGACCAAUUGGGUUAGCUGCUAGAGAUUCUUUAAGAUUAGAAGCCGGUAUGUGUUUAUAUGGUCAUGAAUUAAAUGAAGAUAUCACUCCAAUUGAUGCUUCAUUAGCUUGGUUAAUUCCAAAAUCAAGAAGAGAUGAUGUAAACAUUCGAAUCAAAGAUGGAUUCAAUGGUGCUUCUACUAUUUUACAACAAAUUAAGAAUAAAUCAACCACUUCAAGAAGAAUCGGUAUAACCUCUAAGGGUCCAUCCCCAAGAGAUAAUAAUAAAAUCUUUAGUGAAGAUGGUACUACUGAGAUUGGUUAUAUUACCUCGGGAUCUCCAUCUCCAACCUUAGGAGGAAAUGUUGCCCAAGCCUUCAUUGAUAAGAAAUUUAAGAUUGGAUCUAAUGUGAAGAUUGAAAUCAGAGGUAAAAAGAGAGAUGGUGUGAUUACUAAAUUACCAUUUGUUGAAAGUAACCUUUACAAGCCAUAAAGGAACUUAUAGUCUAGAUAUAGUGUAGUUAAUACAGUUUAAAUAUAUUUAUAAAUGCAAAAAAACUAUAACGCGAAAUUGCAACAAAGGUGAUGUGUAACAUGGAGUAAUCGUCAUGUUGCAAGACGUCAUAACAAGUAGUAAUAGAACAAAAUGUUUUACAUAAGAUACUACCCAAAGGAGUUAAAUGAAGACGAUAUUAAUAAUCUCGUCAAUUGGUAAUGGGCUAAGUCGGUUCGGUUAGUAUUUAAUAU